UUAUAUUGUUUUUGGAAUUUUACCGUUCUUAUUGCCAAACGCCCACUAGAUGUAUUAGUUGGCUAGUGAAUUUUAAAACAAAAAUGAAUUUAAUAUGAAAAAUAAAAGAACGACCAUUGACUUGGUCAAUUUGGCAAAAAGCUGUCACAAUGGAAAUUAAAGCGCUGUCGGAAUUAACCCGGAACUGUCUCAGUUAAUUAUUUAGUCAUGUAAGCUCUUCCUAGUGAAGUGAAAUAGAGCUACCCCUUUGAAUGUUUUUCAGUUUACUAAAAUACCAUAAAAAAAAUGCUCUCGGCUCAAUUGCAUAGCCAUAUACAAUUAAGUAAUUUUCUCCAUCUGCUGUUUGCACUCUUGAUUAUUUCGUGUCACUUAAAAUGUGAUGCAAGGAAUACCAUCAAUGGAAGCAGUAAGUUAGUUGACAAUGGAGAAACUCUCGUAUCUACUGGAAAAAAGUUCGAAAUGGGAUUCUAUUCUAAUGACGGAGAUCAGUUUAAUAGAUAUGUUGGAAUAUGGUAUUACAAUUUGAGUCCCAAAACCAUUGUAUGGGUUGCAAAUUUGAAUAAGCCAAUUCCAGUUUCAAGAAUCAAGAAUGAGGAUAUUUCUGUUGCUGUUGCCGAAGAUGGUAACCUCAAAGUGUGGAAUUCAUAUAAUGCACACGCUUAUUUCUCCACACAACUAGAAAUUAGUGCUUCAAAAAGGAGAGUAGAGCUCUUGGAUUCAGGGAACUUGGUUUUAGUUGAUGAAUCAGGAGCUAAACUAUGGCAAAGUUUUCUGAAUCCAACUGAUACUUUUCUUCCUGGAAUGAAAAUGGAUAGGGGCUUGAAGUUGACUGACUUCAGAAGUGGCUUCACAUUUCAACUAGAGCAAGCAAACAACAAGAAAUAUGUCAUACUUAAAGAUGGUGGCAUUUACUGGAAAGGGUCUGUAAGUACUUCUGGAUCUUUCGGUUUCAGUGAAAUGCCCGCGUAUAUCGCCAACAUGUUAUCCAAUUUCACAGAGAAUAACACUGUCGAUUCCAGUUAUGCCAACAGCAUUUUCGAAAGGACUAGACUCUUAAUGAACUCUUCCGGAGAAAUACAAUUCUACAGUUGGGAUAAGGAGAGUAGUCAAUGGUCUUUGAUGUGGUUAGCGCCAAAAGAUACAUGCGAUGUGUAUAAAAAAUGCGGGAAAUUUGGCAUUUGCAACAGCAACCAUGUGUCAUCAUUAUGCAAAUGUUUGCCUGGAUUUGAGCCUGAUUCUCCAGAAAAUUUACGAGCAGGAGAAUUUUCAGGUGGUUGUUCGAGGAUGUCAGUUAACUCUUGCGAAGAAGACAAUGUAGGCAAACUUGACACGUUCUUGGAUCUGAGGUCAAUGAAAUUUGCUAGUCCAGACCGGUUACAUACUAACACUAAUACCAGUGACGACUGCAGGAGACUUUGUUUACGCGAUUGCCAGUGCCAAGCCUAUACUUAUGAUAAUUUUGUAUGUGGGAUUUGGUUGUCUAUUCUCAAGAAUCUCCAGGAGAACUAUAGUGGUGGCUUCAACCUCUCUAUCCGCGUUGCCACGUCCAAUAUUGAAGCAACGGCGAGAGAUUGCAAGCCUUGUGGCACAAACCUAAUACCAUAUCCAUUAAGCAUCGGACCAGAUUGUGGAGAUCCUUUGUAUUAUAGUUUCUCAUGUGAUGAUUUAGCUGGUCAAGUAAGUUUCCAGACAUUGAAUGGCAACUAUACCGUUGUUAACUUUAAUAAGGGAAACAGAACGUUUGUUAUAGAAGCUGCACAUAAUGAGUCUGUUGGUAAUUGUGAUGACAAAGGGCCAGUAACAGAAAUUUUUCGGCUCAACCAGUCGUCGCCUUUUAAGGCGAUAGACUGGUGUUACAAUGCCAAAAAGCAUCUUACUUCAGAACCUUUAAGUCGAGGGAAUGAUUUAAUAUUGAUCAGUUGGAAACCGCCAUUGGAGCCAGUUUGUACUACUUCAGAAGACUGCAUUGAUUGGCCAAAUUCAACUUGCAAUAUAACAGAACAAGGAGAGAGAAAAUGUAUAUGCAAACCUGAUUAUAAAUGGAAUGGUUUGAGCUUAAAUUGUACCUUAGUCUCAGAACUUGCAAUACAAGUACCACUAAACAGAAAGCUGGCACCCUCGCGGAAUCAUGAGAGAGCCCUUGUUAUUUCCAUCUCUGUAAUUCUCGGAGUUAUAAUUUUGUGUGCCACUAGUUAUAUAAUUUACCUGAACAAAAGAGUAGCAAGUACAGAAGCCAGAGAAAUUGUUUUGGGGAAUCCUAUGGAGUACUUGCCUCGUAGAGGAAGUUUCGAUGAAGAUUUGAUUACUGAAGAUGAUAAGAGACAGAUUGAUGUCCCUUUUUUCAGCUUGAAUAGCAUACUAGUUGCUACAGACAACUUCUCGAAUGCAACUAAGCUCGGGCGAGGUGGAUUUGGACCUGUUUAUAAGGGUAAGUUUCCUGAAGGUGCAGACAUGGCAGUGAAAAGGUUGUCAUGUCAUUCCGGACAAGGUGUUGAAGAAUUUAAAACUGAAGUAAUGUUAAUUGCCAAACUGCAGCACAGAAAUUUAGUCAGGCUUCUUGGCUAUUGUGUUGAGGGAAAUGAAAAGAUUUUAUUGUAUGAAUAUAUGCCCAACAAAAGCUUGGAUACGUUUAUAUUCGAUCAUACAUUCUGCCAAUUAUUGGACUGGAGGAUUCGUUUUGAAAUUAUAUUGGAUAUUGCUCGAGGGCUUCUUUAUCUUCACCAAGACUCAAGGCUAAGGAUCAUUCAUAGAGAUUUAAAGACAAGCAACAUAUUGUUAGAUGAAGAAAUGAAUGCCAAAAUAUCAGAUUUUGGCUUGGCAAGGAUUAUUGAAGGCAAAAGUACAGAAGCUAAUACUAACAGAGUUGUUGGAACUUAUGGCUACAUGUCACCGGAGUAUGCGUUGGAAGGACUCUUUUCGAUCAAGUCCGAUGUAUUUGCCUUUGGAGUUGUUGUACUCGAAAUCAUAAGUGGGAAGAGAAACAUGGAAUUUUUUGAAGAUGUAAACCUCACAGGUUAUGUAUGGAGACUAUGGAUGAAAGACAAGGCAAUAGACAUAAUAGAUCAAACCAUUGUAGAAUCGUGCGAUGACAAGGAAGUGAUAAAGUGCGUAAAUGUUGCACUUCUAUGUGUGCAAGAAGAUCAAGGUGAUCGUCCCACAAUGUCAAAUGUAGUCCUUAUGCUUGGAGGUGAAAGCAUGACUCUUCCGCGACCAAAUCAACCAUCUUUUAUUACGCGAAGAAACGCUGCUGCUGGUAGUACAUCUUCUUCUUCUUCUAAGAUGUACAGCACUUCCAACAAAGAGUUGACGAUAACUCAUGACGAAGAAGGCCGAUGACAUAGAUGUAAAUGCACGACGAAUAAGUUAAACAGUUUUUAAAGAAAUUAUCUGCUGCAGCUUUUAUUUUAACUCAAUGUGAAUCUUUCUUUCAUUUAACUGUUUUGGCGCGCAGAAUUAAUAACUGAUUGUAUUGGUUCCCACAAGUGACAACGUAUCACUAGAAUUUAUGGUUAUCUUCUUUGCUUAUCCACGCCUUUUUUUC